AUGAACAGUCAGGGCUCGUCGAUGGGGAAGGGGGUGAACGGCGUCCUUGUUUGUCAGGAGAGUUACGCCUGCGGUGGCUCCGACGAGGCCGCCUUCGAGUGCGACGAAUGCGGCAGCGUUCAGUGCGUCCGCUGCGAGCUGGAGCUCCACCGUCAGGAGCGCUUGAGGAACCACGACAGGACCCGGAUCUCACCUGGCCACAUACCUUACUGCGAUUCAUGUAAAGGGGACGGGGGCGUUCCGAACGGGGGUCGGCUGAGAGCAGUAGUGCGCUGUCAGGGAUGUAAAAUCAACCUGUGUUUGGACUGUCAAAAAAGGACUCACAGUGGGGUCAGUAAAAGAAAGCACCCCAUCACUGCCUACUCUCCCCCGAAACCCGUGGAGAAGAACUGCAGCACUGGAGAUGAACAGCUGGAUGCGUUGAAAGCUAAACUUGAUCAAGUCACCAGUUUUCUUCUAGUGGAUGAAAAGGAAGAUAUGCAGGUCAAGGAUGAGGAGGAGUUUGUGAGGAAGUUAGGCUGUAGCCCCGAGGAGCUCUUGAAGGUGGUGUCCAUUUUCGGCAACACUGGAGAAGGCAAAUCCCACACCCUCAAUCACACUUUCUUUUUGGGUCGUGAAGUUUUCAAGACAUCUCCAACCCAGGAAUCCUGCACCGUUGGGGUGUGGGGAGCACUGGACCCUCUUCAUAAGGUGGUGGUUGUUGACACAGAGGGACUUCUGGGGGCAGGAACUAACAUUGGACAACGAACCCGCCUCCUCCUGAAGGUGCUCGCAGUCUCCGAUCUGGUCAUCUAUCGGACACAUGCUGACCGGCUACAUGAUGAUCUUUUCAAGUUUCUUGGAGAUGCAUCAGAUGCGUAUCUAAAGCAUUUCACGAAGGAGCUGAAAGCCACAACUGCACGCUGUGGUUUGGACGUGCCCCUUUCAACUCUGGGUCCUGCUGUUAUAAUCUUCCAUGAGACCGUCCACACCAAGUUAUUAGGCUCAGACAAGCCAUUAGAAUCAGCUGAGCGGCUUCUUCAGGAACGUUUCCGAAAGCUUGGCCUCUUUCCAGAAGCAUUCAGCUCUAUUCAGUACCGGGGCACUCGAACCCACAACCCCCCGACUGACUUCGGCGGUCUGCUGCGCAGCGUGGAGCAGCAGUUAGACAACAACACUACACGAUCUCCACGUUCUGCUGGUGUCAUCUACAAAGCCUUGCAGGCUUUGAGUGAGUGCUUCAGCGGAGAGAUUCCUGAUGAGCAUCUGGCAAGCAACUCUUUUUUUCCAGAUGAAUACUUUACCUGCUCCAGCAUCUGCCUCAGCUGUGGCUCUGGCUGUAAAAACAGCAUGAAUCACCUACGAGAGGGUGUGGCACAUGAGGCUAAACACCGCUGCCGCUAUUCAGCGCACUAUGAUAAUCGCAUCUAUACCUGCAAGGUUUGUUAUGAGAGUGGAAAAGAGGUAAUUGUGGUUCCAAAGACGACGGCAUCCUCUGACUCACCAUGGUUUGGCUUGGCCAUAUACGCCUGGUCUGGAUAUGUGAUCGAGUGUCCAAACUGUUCGGUGAUCUAUAGAAGUAGGCAGUACUGGUAUGGGAACCAGGACCCUGUUGAUACAGUGGUUCGGACUGAAAUCCAGCAUGUCUGGCCAGGGUCCGACGGAUUCCUGAAGGACAACAACAACGCUGCGCAGAGGCUGCUGGAUGGAGUGAACUAUAUGGCUCAGUCUGUUUCAGAGCUAAGCGUCAAGCCUGCUAAAGCCGUCACUGCCUGGUUAACCGACCAGAUUGCCCCAGCUUACUGGAAGCCUAAUUCUCUCAUCAUUAGAUGUAGAAACUGUGGAGAGGAGUUCCAAGAUAAUGAUACAAAGCACCACUGUCGGGCUUGUGGAGAAGGUUUCUGUGACGGCUGCUCCUCUAAGACACGGCCAGUCCCGGAGAGAGGUUGGGGCCUGGCACCUGUGCGAGUCUGUGAUGCCUGUUUUCAAAACAGAGGAAUUCCAGAAGAACUACUGGAUGCAGCACUGGAAGAGGAGCAAGGUGGGACUCUGAUUGCCAGGAAGGUGGGAGAAGCUGUUCAGAACACUUUAGGAGCGGUAGUCACUGCUAUAGACAUCCCUCUUGGUCUGGUAAAAGAUGCCGCCCGUCCAGCAUAUUGGGUCCCUGACCAAGACAUCCAUUGCUGCCACCAGUGCCAGCGUGAGUUUAAUGCCCGUCUCUCAAUCCAUCACUGCCGUGCAUGUGGACAAGGAGUAUGUAACGAUUGCUCCUCUGAUCGCCGGGCCGUGCCCUCCAGGGGUUGGGACCAUCCAGUGCGGGUGUGCAUCACCUGCAGCCAGAAAUCUGGAGAGCUCUAGCAGAACCGAACAUCGCUCACCAUUAUAAGACACCAUCGUAUUUGACCUCAGUGCUUCAAAACAAGUUGGGAAGGAAGAAGCACUGAAUCCAAUGAAUGAUUGUUUGAGAGGAUUGUUUGUUCCAACACUUCAUUCACAUCAUGCUCCUACAUAAGCUGUUCACACUUUAACAAGUAAUGGCCUACGUAAUUUCUUCUUUUAAAGGUUAAAUCCAGCAGGAAAAUACAUGCAUGUCAAACCCUGGACAAAUCCUUUGUCUACCAUGCAGUAUGUUACCUGUGGGCAGGCCCAGACGGAAAAUUGGAAUGAACGUUUUGGGGAAAAUCUACAGAAUGGGUUUAAACAAGAUAGAAAAAAAAAAGUUAAACAUGAUCAAAGGUGCAAAAUA